GAAUUUAAACCUGGUAUUAGAACUCAGAUUUUCUGACUCUCAGGCCAGGCUUUUUCCAACUGGAUUUUCCUGAAAGUGUGGGGAUCACCAUAUGCCCCCAUUCCAUCAUCCUCUAUUGAUGGCAAUUAAAAUCAAUUAAAUUAAAGUAAAAGAAAAUUCCAGGAUCCCCUGGAAGGGACCUCAGAGGCUAUCCUGUUCCCCUGAUUUUACAAACAACAUGGAUGCACAGACUUGAAAAUUAGUCGAAUGUCCUCCUUUUGUUGAGAGGACACGGAGACUUGAGAUAUAAGGCAUUAACUGAGCGGACUGUUGGAUCCCCUUUCAGAUCAUGAUUUUGGAAGGAAGUGGUGUGAUGAAUCUCAAUCCCAGCAACCAUCUUCUCCACCAACAGCCGGCCUGGACAGACAGUUACCCCACGUGCAAUGAUGUGGAAACUGAGGCUGAGAAAACUGGAUACAACUGCUACCAGCCUUACAUUGCAGAAGCUCUGACUGCUACACACUUAGGCACAGCAAGAAGAUUAGGUGGCAAUGUGUGCCCUCCAGUUUCCAGUGGAUUUUUUGGAGGCCAAUGGCACGAAAUUCAUCCUCAGUACUGGACUAAGUACCAGGUGUGGGAAUGGCUCCAGCACCUCCUGGAUACCAACCAGCUUGACGCCAACUGCAUCCCCUUCCAGGAAUUUGACAUCAAUGGGGAACAUUUGUGCAGCAUGACCUUGCAAGAAUUUACCCGAGCAGCAGGGGCAGCCGGCCAGAUUCUCUAUAAUAACCUGCAACAUCUCAAGUGGAAUGGCCAGUGUGGCAGCGAUCCGUUCCAGUCCACCCACAAUGUCAUCGUGAAGACAGAGCAAGCAGAUCCUUCCAUCAUGACCACUUGGAAAGAAGAUAAUUAUUUAUACGACACAAACUAUGGUAGCACAGUAGAAAUGAUGGACAGCAAAACUUUCUGCCGAGCUCAAAUCUCUAUGACAACCACUGGCCACCUUCCGAUUGAUUCACCUGAUCUGAAAAAGGAGCAGGAGCACCCGGCCAAAUCUCACACCAAAAAGCACAACCCUCGAGGGACUCACUUGUGGGAGUUUAUCCGAGAUAUUCUCCUCAACCCGGAUAAAAACCCAGGGUUAAUAAAGUGGGAAGACCGGUCUGAAGGUAUCUUCAGGUUCUUGAAAUCGGAGGCUGUGGCUCAGCUCUGGGGGAAGAAAAAGAACAAUAGCAGCAUGACCUACGAAAAACUCAGCCGAGCCAUGAGAUACUAUUAUAAAAGAGAAAUCCUAGAACGUGUGGAUGGACGGAGACUAGUGUAUAAAUUUGGGAAGAAUGCCCGGGGAUGGAGAGAAAAUGAAAAUUAGGGCAGUUGGAACAAAAACCAAAAAACACACCCACACAAACACACACACACACACAAAUACACAAAUACACAACACCCAACAACAAGUCAAGAACCUCUGGACGUAAAUAUUUCAAAGACUACUUUUCUCCUAUUUAUAUACUAUAAGGGAAGAAACAAUCUACGUCUAACAGGAAGAAGGAACACUGUAGUUAAAAUUAUUUUGUUACUUUGAAGUAUGUCCUGUAUGGGGAAAAAACGUACACAGUUUUCUGUGAAAUAUGAUGCUGAAUGUGGUUAUGAUCAAUUUUUGCCUCUUGUCGUGAAGUUCAUUUCUGUUGCAAGAAUAACGUGGUUCUCAACCUUUUGCUAUCUGCCUAGAGGAUGAGGAAAAAAAAACAAAAAACAAAAAAAUCAGAGGGCAUUAAAUGUUGUUUGUUUGUUUGUUUUUUUUUUUAAUGCAAGAUAACUUAGAAUAAGGUGAUAUGUUCUCUGUGCAUGAGGACGCCAAGUGUCCUCCUUGGGAGAGAUGGAUACAACAGUUUGACUGAACUCUAAUGACAUAUCUCCUAUAUGCUGGGAACCUACUGGAUCAACAGUGAUGAGCCCAAAGGAUGCUGGGAGAUUGGACUUGGUCUCUGGGUCAUCAGUCAUUGGAGGCUAGAAAUGGUGUCAGCUCCGCUGUGGUGGGGGGAGAAAGAGUAAGAGAAUCAUUGAAACGGGGAUUCUGACCCAGAUCAACUUACUGCAGAGACUACCUUUUUCCUCACUGAUUGGUGAGACUCCUCUUUUCCUGUGGUCCAUCUUUGGGUGUACUCAUUUUAAUUUUUAUGUGGCGUAGACAGUGGGAGUGAACAUUGUAUUGUAGGAGUAAUUUAUAGGUUCAUCUGCGCUCCAACAUGGGAAGCAGAAUUAAGAGGUCAUCUCCUGCCCUUUAGCUCAACUGAGAGAGGAAGCCCAAAGAUUUGUCUCUAGAACGAAAAAGGAUCAACCUUUAGAACAUCACAUAAGAGAAAAAGUGUGGAAGAGAAAGAGAGUCAUAGAGAAAGAAAAUGAUAUAGCCAGAAGAGCAGUCAGAAUUCUGGUGGAGUUUCAAAGGGGAGUCACAAUUAUUUUGGGGAAGCUAUGUAUGUGUGGGGGGAGUGUAAGGUGACUACAACAAUUUUUGAAAAUGGAAAUUUUUCCUGUUUUUUCUCUUUUGACUAUAGCUCUGGGUUCAUCUAUCCUUGCCCUAGCAUGGCUAGCUGGCAUUCCACAUUUUGUUCAGGAAAUCACACAACCAAAAUAAGUAAUAUGGCAUAGUGGAAAAAUGCUGGGACUGGAGUCAGAGAGACUUUGGGUCAGUCACUUUGUGUCGGUCUUCAUAAAAUGAGGGGUUUAGACUAGAUGUCCUUUUAACAUUCAUUGCCCAUUUCAUUUUAUGAUCCUAUUUUUUUUGUUUGUUUUGUUUUAUUUUUAGUUAUUGUGCUAUGUUGCCACCUCCAUCUGUGGAACUAUUUCCAAGGUUUCUGGAAAGCUAGCUCAUAGGAGGGGGAAAGUGAACCAGUGAAGAGACCCAGUAUUCCUAUUCUAGUUUUUGACUUGUCUUCUUGACCUUUUAAUUUUUCUGCCCCAUUUUCCUGAUCUGCAAGAUGAGUUAUCACCAAGAUUAGAGGGGACUUUAAUUCUCUUUCAUUCCCCGACACACAGUAGGCACUCAAUAAAUAUGGGUGGAUGAAUAUUUGAAACUAGGGUGGGGUUGAGAAAAGGGUUCCUUGACUGUGAGAGAAGGGGUCUCCUAGACAGGCUGAAUUGUAUUUUUCUGCCUGAUGGUACCCACAGUCUGGCCCCAGUUUUGUAGCUUUGUGGUCUGUAGUUUUUCCGUUGACGAUUACUAGAUGACUGAAAAAAGAGGCAAGAAAAUGACAAAGCUGGUGUGGCUCUGCCCAGGGCAUCCAUAAAAAUAAUAGCUGACAUUAAAUAGCUCUUUAAGGCUUAACAAAGGUCUUUCCAUACUGUUUAUUAUUUGAUCCUCACAAUUGCCUGGUGAGUUGGGAGUUAGGCAACUGUUAUUAACCUCAUUUUAUAGCUGGCGCUUGGGAGAGAUGUAGGGACUUGCCUAUGGGUCCAAUGGAAGAUUUAGCUGAGUAAGGACUAGAAUUCAGCUCCCCUGACCCGACCAGGGCCCUCCCCCCUCCUCUACAACAUACUUCCUCCUCCUUGAGGUAUAAAGGCAUAAAGGAAAAGCUCUGAGGGAGCCUGUCCUCCUUCACCAAAUCUUAACCAAGAGUACCUAUUCACAAUAUUUUUAUUUCCCAGUGUCAAAAAAUGUUCAUAACUUGUGUGUACUGGGGACGUGGGGGUGUUGAAAUGUGUAGAAUAUUAGCUCCUUGAAGCAGAGACUUUUUGUUUUCUGUCUUUGUAUUCCCAAGACCUAGUGAGGGGCUUGGAAUAUUUUAGGUGCUUAAUAAAUACUCAUUGAAUUAAAUCAUUUAAGGAAGAGUCAACCCAAUGGUCUUCUUUGACCUUGCUUUGGACUUCUUGAUCAUCAUCCUGUUGCCAGACUACCAAGCUCCCCGUCCAAAACCAGCAUUUUAGAUAAGACCUGAUUUCUCAUUUCCGAGACUUUCCAGCUUUUUCUGAGAUGGACCGUCAGUAUGUUGGCUAAUUGCCCCAAGCAGCAAGGGUCAACUGGAUAGGUGUUUAAGUAGAGUUGGAGAAUUCCAAUCCAUCCUCUAGUAAAAAGGUUGCCACUCAUCUGUUGCUAGUAUUCCCUUUCUUGGCCUCAGGUCCCCAUCUCAAUAAGUUGGGGUAUUAAGUUUUCAGCUUCUCUAUCGUCUCCUUUUGGAUUUUGUACAUUUUAUCAGGGUUGGCUAACCAAAGCAGGCACCCGUGCCAAUUCCACGACUGAGAGUGAGAACUGAAUACUUUUCAAUAUGGUGCCAAAAGGGGAGGAGUAAAGAUGGGAUAUCCUAGGGUUCUAUCAGAUCUCUGUUCUUGGAGAAUUGGCUCCUGACUUACAGCUUCCUAGACUUCGAGAUUUAGAGGUAGGAGGGAGCUUGGAGGAUCAACCUUGUUUUUCACAUGAGGACAUUGAAGUCUCAGAAGAAUGGUCACCCACACAUGAAUCCAGUAUCUCUGCUUCCAUAGCCAGCAUGCUUGACGGGUCUCGGGACUGAAUGGAUGUCUUAUAGAUGCCUUCUUCAGUGACUCCUAAGCCUCUGCUUGAAACUUCCUGCUGAUGACUAGGAAACCUUCACAGAAACUGAGGAAGAAUUGCCCCUUUGAAUACUUUUGUCUUUUUUUUUUUCUUUUUCCCUGAAACAAUGAAUGCUCUUGCCAACUCAAGACUUUCUGAGAUAUUACUGGCUGAAUCUGGAAGGACUUAGCCUGAGAAAGUGUAAAAAAAAAGGUCUCUCUCUCUGAGACAGGGAGCCUCUGAUUUUUUGUAAGAGUAGCCUUAGUAGCUAUCAUCAGCAUAGACUCCUGAUCUCUUGAAAGACCUUGUCAUCAGGAGCUGAAUCGGAAGGGCUCAAGUGUAAUUUAAUAAGCAUCCUUUGGAAAUUGCUUCACCUUUGGGACAGUGGCAAAAAGGAUGGAGUUUUUUUCCCCCUUUCUCAAAGAAAAAUCCAUCAAUCUGUGAGCAUAGCAUUGUGGGAUUUCAAUGUUUGACUUCUUACCUGGUAUUAUAGGAAACCAGACACUCAUCUUGUCGACAAGGAAGAUGCAUGUUGGACACACAAAUUGUACUACCUUAUUUAAAACUGUGAUUCUUAACCUGGUGUGCAAAGCAGCAAUGAACCUUUGACCAGUUUUAACCAAUGAAGAGAUGAAUGUGUUUAUAUGGUGUAAAUUGCUAUUUAAAUGUAAAGCAUUUCUAAGCUCUAGUAUUUUUUAUAAUGUAGAGUAACUUUAGGAUUAGAAAUAGAACUUUUAGCAUAUAUGUGUAGACUGGUUUUGCAAGUCUGUGGUCUUUCAAAUGUAUAGUACAUGUAAAAUGCUAAGUGCUAAAUACUGUUGUUCUAUUUUCCUUAAGAAACAAGAUAAUGAGCAUUUAUUGAGCACUUACUAUGUGCAUAGCACGCAUAAAAUCUAUCUCCUGCAUCCUGUCCUAUGCAUAUAGUAGGCAUUGAAUAAAUACUUGUUGAAACAAUGUUGGAACAGGAUUAUCUUUUGCAUUUGCUGUCGGGAGCAUUUUCUUGAACAUGGACUAGAGCAAUUAAUCAAAACCAUUUUCUUAAGAUGGUCUCCCAUUGGUUGUUGAAAUGUACAAUCCUUUCCAUGCUUAGCUAACCCGGGAUUUGUCUUUUUCUAGUAAAUUGGACAACCCUUGCUUUUCCUCCCCUCUGGUUUCUGUGUUGACAAUUGAGGGGUGGGGGAACAACCUCCUGGCUGCUGGUUCAUCAGGAAUCUUGCUCUUUAAAUAGAAUCUGUUAAAAUUGUUUCUAAAAAUAUCUGUAUCACCAAAGAGCUGUAUUUCUCAGCAUGAUGUCUCUAUUUUUACGGUUGCCAUAAAUGCCUUAAUUAAAAACUAAACAAACCAACCUGGGAAAUAGUCGA